AUGCUGUCUGGAUGUGUGAUUUCGGAGAUUCACCAACAGGAAUACGCUAAUAAUGAGUCCGAGAUCUACUUGGAUAACGCAGGAAUGCCCAUGUUUGCCAAAUCAGUGCUGGCUGAAUCAAUGCAAAUGAUGAUGUUGGGUCCUUGGGGCAAUCCACAUUCACAGUCUUUGGCUUCUCAGAGAUCACAGGCGAUGAUCGAUAAGACAAGAUUGGAUGUUUUGAAUUGGUUUGGCGUUAAAGCUGAGCAUUUCGGAGUGUGCUUUACCUUGAACAGCACCCAUGCUGUGAAAUUGCUAUCUGAGGUGUUUUCAGACAAAUUCCCUGAAUUCAAAUACUUUUAUGAGAGAAACUCCCACACGUCUUUAAUUGGUGUUAGAGAGCAUUCUGGUGAGAGUCAAGUGUUUGAUCUAGACAUCGAAACACCCUUGGCAGUCUCUGAUGCCCCCACUCUGGUGUCGUGGUCUGGCCAAUCUAACUUCAACGGUCAAAAGUUUCCAACCAACCUACCUUUGAGAAACUCAGGCGAUGCUUGUUUUAGACUUUUGGAUGCUAGUUCACUGGCAGGAUCUAAUACUGUGAAUCUGUCCGAAUCUAAUGCUGAUUUCAUCGCCGUAUCAUUUUACAAAAUUUUCGGCUGCCCAGAUAUGGGAGCUCUUAUCUAUAAGAAAGAUCGAAUGGCACAGAUUGCUAGAUCGAAGAGAUACUUUGGAGGAGGAACUGUUGAUGCUUUGAAUUUGGAUGGCUUCGUCAAAAGAAAAGAAGACCUAACUUUGUUAUUAGAAGAUGGUACCAUCCCAGUUCAUUCCAUCAUUCAACUUCAGUGCGCUAUGAAUGUGCAUCACAGGUUGUUUGGAAGUAUGAAUCAGGUAUCAUGGUACUUGAAAACUCUGACAGAAUAUGCUGUGAACAGGUUAACAAGUUUGAAAUAUUCAAAUCGUAGGCCACAGGUAAUAUUGUACAGAUCUGGAUUGAAUGAGUAUGGACCAAUUCUGUCAUUUUCUUUAUUGAGUGAGUCUGGUAGAGUUUUAGGUUACUAUGAUUUUGACAAAUUCGUCUCAGCAAGAGGAAUUGCCCUUCGUACGGGAACCUUAUGCAAUAUUGGAGGAGUUUCCAAAUUUUUGAACCAGUCUAACGAACAAAUCGUAAAGAACUCAAAUUUAGGGCAUAAAUGUGGCGAUUCAAUGGAUGUUAUCAACGGAAAUGCAACAGGUGUUGUAAGGAUAAGUUUUGGAAUGUGCAAUUCCUUUCAGCACAUUGACUUUUUGACGGAGUGUAUUUCAGACUUUUUGAGUGAUUCAUUGGCAAUAGAAGCAACUCUGGCGCAUGAAAAAGUUCCAUGUACAAUAGAACAGAUAACAAUCUAUCCUAUCAAAUCAUGCCCUGGUUUUGAUGUGCCUAGACAUACAGCAUGGAAUGUGACAUCUACAGGACUGGAGUUUGAUAGGCAGUUUUGUUUGAUUAAUUUAAUGACGAACACAGUUAUGCAAUUGAAGUCAUUUCCCAAGAUGGUGAAGCUACUACCUAUACUGGACAGAGAAAACAUGGUUUUGCGGUUCAAGAACGAUCCGACCAUUCAAGUGUCAUUGCACGACGAUAGGAAACACAGUACAAAAAAAAUUGAAAGUGGGGGCAAAGCCUAUGAAUGUAUCAUGGAUAAAGCAAUUUUAGACUUUUUGUACGAUACAGUGAAGACUGAGUGCUGCCUGGCAAGGCUGGUACCUACAAAAGUGAACACAAGUCUCCAAAAUAAAUCAGCUUUCCUUUUCAUCAGUGCACCCAGUCUGGAAGAAGUUGAGAGAACCCAUGGAGGUGGUCUUUUACGAUCACGAUUCAGAGCCAACUUUUUGGUGAAAGGCAAGAUGCUGUCUCCCUUUAUCGAGGAUACCUGGAGUAGGAUAGAAAUACCCGAAAGAAGAAUGGAUCUAACAGUAACUGAGAAAUGUGGCCGAUGUCAUAUGAUCACCAUCGAUGAUUCUGGAGGGAGAGAUUUUGGACUCUUCAAGGAGCUGAGUCAAACGAGAAAACAGCAAGGAAAAAUCUACUUUGGAAUCAACGUUGAUAUGGCCGACUCAAAAGCCGGAACUGUACUCGUCGGGGAUGAAAUCUUAGGGGUGCCAUAA